GGGGCCAGGCGGAGCGGAACCGGGCCGGUGCGGCGGGAGCAGCCAUGUCGUUCUGCUCCUUCCUCGGGGGCGAGGUGUUCAAGGACCAUUUCCAGCCGGGCAUCUACGUCUGUGCCCAGUGCGGCCACGAGCUCUUCUCCAGCCGUGCGAAGUACGAGCACUCGUCCCCGUGGCCAGCCUUCACCGACACCAUCCACGAGGACAGCGUGGCCAAGCGCAAGGAGCGGUCAGGGGCUUUAAAGGUGUCUUGUGGCAAGUGUGGCAAUGGGCUCGGCCACGAAUUCCUCAACGACGGGCCGAAGAGGGGGCAGUCCCGCUUCUGAAUAUUCAGCAGCUCGUUGAAGUUCAUCCCAAAAGGCAAAGCAGACGAAGACCUGAAGCAGAAGUAAGCGAGCUGCUCUACUGGACACACUGUUCUUGGACUGAUCCUGCGUUCACACCUCGGGCUGCACCGUCUGGUCAAGGGGGCACCAGGAGCAAGAGAAACCCUGAAGAAGCUCCUGGUUUCCCCGGGCCGGUUCCCUCUUGGGGCUGCUCUGACUCGGGGCGCCAGGAGGAGCGCGGGGGGUGGCGAGGGGAAAAUGGGGUUGCUGAAGCUCUGUGCUUGCUGGGUGACAGGUUGUAUGACCUGUGCCUGAGGGUGUUUCACAUGAAGGGAUGACGCAAAGGCUCCAGCUCCUCAUUUUACCCACCCUUACCCUCUCCCCAACUGCCUCUUCUCCCCGGCAUCCUCGUUCUGCCGGUAGCAGCCACUGCUGAGUCCUUUGGGUUUUGUCCAUAGAGCAGCCCGUGUGCCCGCGGUCCUGCCCCUGCUGAGCUCGGUUUUGCUGUCGGCUGAAGCUGAGCCAGGACACUCUCCAGAUCACAGCCAGGAGGGGCCGGUUCUGCCGUGGCACUGAUGCAAUCCAGAGUCGCUCCGCUGGCAUUUCCAGGGAGUAACGUAGGAUUAGUUGAGGUCAGAGUCUGGGUUAAUCCCUGGUGCUAUUCUGGGCUGGGAUCAUGGUAUGAAUUGCCCUAUAUAAACCCUUCCAGGGCGCUAGGGUAAGGAUGAUUUUAUGAUCCUGCUAGACAGCAUCCACAUAUUUUAACCCUCUACCCAUCUUGCACACAGUAGAGACAGUUCUGGAUUUCCCAUGUCCUCUGGGCUUGGUUUUAACUUGGCCUUACACCAGAUUUAUCACUGUGCUAUAAACUCCAGUGGCACUAACGGUUCUUCCUUGCUCCUCACUGGUGCAAGGGAGGCCAGCAUCGGGCUCAUGGGCUGCACUUUGCACAACUCAGGCUUUAGGAAUCGUAUCUGCGUUCCCUCUGUGCUUGGAAGGGCUGUGACACUGAUUUCUCCUUAAUUCAGGAUCUGAUUUGUGGCCUUCCCUCCUUGUCCCAGAAACCAAAUCCUCUUUGAAAUCAAUAUACAAGGAUUUUUUUUUGAAGAUGGCAAAACCUUUUGCUGACCCGUGGGUCCAGUGUUCCAGCUCAUUACCUGGAGCUCACUGCUGGUCUUGUACUUCUUUCAAUACUGAAAAUAAAGCACUGAUUCACUGUG